UUGCUUUCGUGUGCGUUGUGUGACUCUUUGUGUGAAAUACAAAAACUAAAAUGGCGACGUCAGUAGAGUGAUGGAAUUGAGGAAUUUUUUCAAUUGUGUUGAUUUUUUAUAUUCAUAUUAUAUAUAUUGGUGGAUAUUUUAACCCAAUUACAACAAUAAAUCGAAAAACACAAACAAAUAAUACCAAAUAAAUAUAUAUAUCAAACAAUUUUUGUGCAAAUGCCUAAAACAAAAAGUGAAAUAACUAAAAAGCAAAUAAAAAACCUACUGAAAAAAAGUGAAAAAAGUUACGCUAAAGAAAAAAUAAAAAUGGCGCCCGCGACGUCUUGACUUUCUUUUUUUAUUGUAUAAAAAUCGUUUUUGCAUAAAGAAUUUUACAUUAUUUGUAAAUAUUUCCACCAAAAAACCAUGCUAAAAACACAUUCGACUAAAUUGUGAAAAUCUUAUUCAAUAGAAUAUUGUGUAAAAGUUCGAAAAAAGGCAAAUAAAAAGUUGAAAAAGCGAAAUUACUGUGGCCGUUGUUUUUUUCAGUUCGUUCAUUUCAGUUUCAUUAUUUUUUUUAAUUUUCAUUCAUACGUUCGUAUACGUGCGUGUGUGUAAUAUUUUUUUUAAAAUAAAUAAAAGGCCUUGAGGAUGUGUGCUGCUCAAAGUAAUCCAACACAAAGUUUUGGUCCUUAUGCCUGGGGUUUUGCUGAUAAUACUCGAGGUCCCGAGUCCGUAUUGGAAAUAUCGCCCAACAUAAACUACACUGUUAGCAGUGAAUCUCAUUAUAAUUUUCAGAUGCCAUAUUUGUUAUCCACUGAUGGAUCAUUAACAGUGCAAAAAGAUGUUAAAGGAGGAUUAGCUGGCAAUAAAAGUGUUGUACGGCGUAUGGUAUUGGUCAAUGACCCAUUCGCAACAGGAGCUCAAAGAGUAAUCACUGGUGCUGCCGCCGCCGCCUCCUCCGUGGUUAAGAAACCAGAUCAACAACAACAAGUUCUAAACUUAAAUUGUGACAAAAAUUAUCUUCUUGUCGAUCAAUCAGAUCAGUCCCACUUAUCAAACGGUAUUGUCGAUUCGAAAACACAAACCAUAUUAACGACAGCUGCAGCAGCUAACAAAGCACAUUUUAGUCCUAUUGGUCCGAUACACUUGACGGCCGAGGAAUGUAAUGAAAUUUUAAUGAAACGUGCUUUGGCCGCCACACAUCCACAAACAAUAACAUCGAAUGAUGGUCAUAAUACAACUACAAUGCAAGUACAAAAAGUUAUACAAGGUCUAGAAGACAAUGACGAUUCACAAGGUAAUGCGCCUAAUUUGAAAUUAGAACCUGGAACAUUGGAACUCUCACCGAAAGCAGAAUUACAAGACACCAUGCAUUUUACUGAUGCCGAUACCACCAUUAAAAAGGAACGCCCUUACAGUUGUGACGAGUGUGGCAAAUCAUUUUUACUGAAACAUCAUUUAACUACUCAUGCUAGAGUACAUACAGGGGAACGGCCCCAUAUCUGCACACACUGUGGCAAAAGUUUCGCCCACAAACACUGUCUAAACACCCACUUGCUAUUACACUCCACCGAUCGCCCUUAUCAGUGCACUGAGUGCAAAAAGAGUUUCACACUAAAGCACCAUUUGUUGACCCACUCAAGGGUCCAUUCACGUGAUCGACCAUUUAUUUGUCAGGAAUGUGGCCGUACAUUCCCACUGAAACGUCACUUGGUCACACACAGCAAAUAUCAUGCUGGCGAACGACCGUUUGUCUGUGACGAGUGUGGCGAAAGUUUUGCCCAAGAAAAUCAUCUUAUCAUGCAUUCACGUUUUCAUGGUUCUAUAAAUCCGUUUGUAUGUCAGGAUUGUGGUGUUACAUUUCCGCGUAAAUUUCAAUUGGUCAAUCAUGCUCGUAUUCACGGCAAAGUACCGCAUGCCUGUACGGUGUGCGGCAAAGAGUUUUUACAAAAAAGGACAUUAGUGGCACAUAUGCGUGUACAUACUGGUGAUCAACCAUAUCCUUGUAUAAGUUGCGGCGAAGGUUUUAUGACAAGACCGGAUUUAAAUCAGCAUAUACGCACCACUCAUGGCGGUGUCAAUCCGAACUCUUCAAACACCGCCGCAGUGCCGUCCAACGCGUUAAUUUCACAGCAGCAGCCAACACAAACAAUACAACAAGUACACCAAACACAAGCCCAUUCUACACAUCAGCAACAGCAACAGGGGCAUCAAGUUCAAAAUAAUCAUCCACAAACUAUAACGGUGGUUAGCAAUCCCAACAAUUCGGCCUUGCUAACAGUCACCGCCAAUGAUGCCAAUAAUUCGGCCAGACCACAAUUUGGUUGCCGGGAAUGCGGAAGUGCCUUUAAUAGUCGCGAAGCUUUAGCUCUCCACCUGCGUUUACAUACCGGUGAUAAAAGUCUUAUGACCGAUUUAUGUGCUUUAACCGCCGCCUUGCCUACACACUUACUAAGCACAACCGGUAUGAGUUCUGGUGCCACGGUUGUGGCCACCAAUCCCAACAUUAUAGCCCAAAACCAAAUGCCAGUUCAAAUCAUAUCAUCAACGGGUCAAGUUGUAUCACAGACAACACUGGUGCAGGCCGCCGCUACGACUCAUCCGCAGACACUUGUUCCCGGUAUGCCAGGUUUACAGUCCCAACAGCAGCAGCAGCAACAUUUACAAAACGGUGCUGCCCACCAGCAGCAUCAACAGCAACAACAGCAGCAGCAACAACAACAGCAGCAGCAGCAACAACCACAGCAAACACAACCAACACCCACCAAACCCAAAUCACACUUCUGCGCCAGUUGUGGCAAAGGUUUUGCCGCCAAACACGGUCUCAUGCAACACAAUCGCCGCCACCCGAACGGCGGCUGUACGGUACGCACCCAUGUGUGCGAAUGUGGCAAGGCAUUCUUCCAAAAGAAUCACCUAAUGCUACAUCAGCGUCAACAUUUGGAAACGAAACCACCCAUUUCGCAGCAACAGCUUGAUUUUAUUCUUCGACAGGAUGCCAACCAACAGCAACAGCAGCAACAUGUGCAACAACAGGCACAACAACUGGUCCAACAACAGCAACAAAAUCAACAACAACAGCAGCAACAACAACAACAGCAACAACAACACCAGCAGCAGCAACAACAACAAAUGACCACCAGAGAAGUAAUGAUUGGCAAUCAAGCUGUACACGUGCAAGUGCUACAAGGUACAAAUACAGCACAAGUUAUUAAAUAUGAAAUCAAUAUACCACAAGAGAAUCAGAAUAUUGAAUGAGCCAAGUCAGCAGCAGUCAGCCCCAUUUAAGAAGACAUCAAAUCAACACUUACACAAGACACUACUACACUCUACAGUACACGACAGUGCAGUGCAGUACAUUACAUUACUGAACAUAGUACCGUGCAGUGCUGUACAGGACAAGGCAAGACUACUCCAACAAACACUUACACACACACAUAAACAUAAACACAUAUAGAGUGAGAGAAAAAGUUUAAUUUUUACCCAUAGAAGCAUUUAAAAAAAAAACUACGAUAAUCAUGGAACUAAGUAGGAUUAUAGGAAGGAGUGUUGCAAAAUCAUCUUCACUACUUAAGUCAUCAGGCUCAGGCUCACGUCCCUUUUUCUCCAUUACUUCUCUCUCUCUCUGUCUGUCUGUCUUAUAUUAUUGUUGUUCUCUUACAUUCUCUUUAAGCUUAUUGUUUUUAAGCAUUAUUGUUGUUGUUUUUGUUUCUAUUUUUAUUGUUUAUUUUUAUUUAAAUAUUAUUAUAUUUUUUAACAAUUAUUGACACAUUUUUUUAAAUCUUUACAAAAAAAACAAAACAAAACAAAAAAAUUAACCAUCUUCUCUAGUUUUUACAACCACUUCCUUUUUAAAUUUGUUCUACAUACAACAUAAUUGUAAGCAAAGUAGCCGUAAAUUAGGUUUAAAUUUUGUUUUUUAUUUUCACACAUUUUUCUUUUUAAUUAAUUUUAUUAUUUUUCAAUUAGUUUGUAUAUAGCAUAGUUAUAUAAAUAUUAUUAUUAUUAUAAUUAUUACAUUAUUACACAUUUGCAAUGGAAAAAGAUUUAAAAAAAAGAAGAAGUUAACACACCACACGAUGAUGAAAAAAACUUUUGAUUCAUUAUAGUUUUUUAUGAUGGAACGAAAACACUAAAGUGCUUUUGCUUUUUGUGUUUUAACAAUUGAAAGAAGUCGGUCGGGAGUAAAAAGGAGUGAGAAAAAGGGCAAAGUUCAAACAGUAUAUGGUAUCGCUCAUUUGCUGCAACAAUGUCAUAAUUCAACAAACCCAAAUUUCGAGUUAAUAGCACCCACCAUUGAUUGCAAAGUAAAUAAGUUGUUUUAAUAACUGACAAAGUCUUGUGAACUUGCUUCUAAAAUUACACGCAGGAUCGCCAUAGAAGCAUUUUGUCUUAAUUUCAUAACCUAUUGCCUGUUACUUUUGCAAUAACGUAUUCACCCUUAUCAUGGUUGUCGUAAACUUCUUACGCCUACGACAGUUUCAUACUAGAUUAAAGAUAAAAUGCAAACUGUUUCUUUAAUCUAUUACUAAACGGUCGUAGGCGUAAGGCGUUUACGCCGAACACGAUAAGGGUGAUUAUUUUAGUUGUGCAUAUUACCGUUUUACACAGAUGUUAGCUGAUAAAAUUGGACCAUAAAUGCUUCUCCUGAAAAAUUGUUUGAAUUAUGACGACGUUGCAGCAAAUGAGCGAUAAUGUGUAAUGAAACUUUUUUCAUAAACUGUAUGAAAUUUCUUCAAGCCUUCUAGAUUCUAUUUGAAUUGAAAAAAUAAGAAAAACUUCAUUUGAAUUAAACUUUUGUCUGUGUAAGAUCUCUUUUAAACGUCUUCAAUUUAUAAAUUUUAUUAAUAUCUAUGAAUGUCUUUAGCUGUUCAAAAAAACCUUUCAAUUUUUAAUAAUUAGGAACCGAAAAUGAAGAACAUAUCGCAGAACUAAUCUAAAAAUACCAUAUUAAAAACUAGUCCUUUUAAGCUGGUCUUUCUUAACAUAAAUUAACGUUUUUUAGUUACAGUGUACUCUCUCAGAAGCGGACACCUAAGAGGCUGACAAAUUCUUCCGCUUAUGGGGGUAGUAAAUAAUCCCGAAGAAUUCGUUUGGGACUGAAAAAAGUGUCCGUUUAUGGAACGUGUCAGCUUUAGAGAGCUUUCCGUAAAGAGAGGGAAUAAACUGUCCCCCAUUUUCUCAAUCUCUGGUUAUUUCUUAAUCGUGACGAUAAACGACAGUUCUCAUACAAAAAAAAUGUUAAUUGGAGGUUUAACAUUACGAAAAAUGAUAACCAGAUAUUGAGAAAAUGGGGGUGUAACUUUUUAAUUGCUUCAAUUUCAAAAUCUAUUUUCAAAUAUCUUUUAGCUACUUUUGGAAAAUCAUUUUUUAUUAGAUAGCUACUUUUUUAAAAAUAUACUUUUUAGAAAGUUAAUUAAAGUACCUCAGGAACAUAUUUAGAACUACACCAUUUCUUAUUGUAUUUCAGACUAUUCUAAUUGUAUUUCUGAAUAUUUCAGAUGUUUGCAUUUCUAUUUCAGAUACUUCCGUUUGUAUUUCAGAAUUUUCCAAUUGUAUUUCAUUUGUAUUUCAGAAAUACAAAGGGAAAUUUCUGAAAUACAAAUGAAAAUUUCUGAAAUUGAAUUGGAAUUUCAGAAAUACAAUAAGGAACUUCUUAAAUUUAAUUGGAAAUGGUGUAGUUCUAAAAGCUCUAGUUCUCGAAAGAGUAUUAUCAAUACCACUGCAUACCACUGUGUUUUGUAAAUCGAAUACAAGUAACGAUUUCGUUUUUAAACGAAUUCAUAUAUUUUUGAGUUGUGUAAAUCGAUUGCACAUGAUUUACUUACUUAUUUUACUUUCAGAAAUUAUAUCUAUUUCAAUGUACAAAAUCGUGCAAUUUGUAGAACAUUUUUCGAAUAAUCGUUUUUAAAAUCACUCGGUUUACAGAACAGUGGGGAAUACUUUGAUGUUUUGUAAGCAAACGUUCGAAAGAAUUAAUUUAAUUCCAUUUUGGAAAUCAAAUUAAAUAUUAACUCUAAACCAUUGGAUUAAAGAAUUCAUUACAAAUUAAUACAUAGGGAAUGUACUUCAAUUCAUUACUUUGAGAAUUCAUUCUUUAUAGAAUUGAUUCCCUAUUGAUUUCAAAUCUAUUACAAAAUAGCUUUAAGAAUGUAUUGAAUGAUUUAAUUUUCAUUCAAUUCGAAUCAAUUACUAAAACACUUGAGUCAAUUUUGUUCAAUUCAUUUUGUAAAUGAUGAAAAGCAAAACAAAACUGAAUGAAGAAAAAACAUUUUAAUUAGUUUUGUAGUAGAUUUGAAUUCAAAAAUGUAUAUAGCCUGUUUCACAAUAUCGAAUAAAAGAUUUCGUUCGCAUUCUAAGCGAAAGAAAACUGAUUUUGGUUUUCACUAACUUCAUAUUUAUGUGAAGGAAUGAAUCAGUUUUCUUUCGCUUAGAAUGCCAACGAAAUCUUUCAUUCGAUGUUGUGAAACAGGCUAUUAAUCAUUCACAGGAUGAAUGAAUUCUGUUAUGAAUUAAUUCAGCAAUGAAUGAAUUCUAAUUAAAGUGAUAUUUAUGUGGAAAGCAAAAACAAAAUUUCAAAAAUUUUAAAAUAUUGUUUUUGUUUUAUAUACAAAUUCUUAACAGAACAAAAUUCAAACGUUGAUUUGCCUUUCAUAAUUUUAAAAUUUUUGAAAUUUUGUUUUUGCUUUCCAUGUAAAUAUCACUUUGGUGGCGUGAUUUACAAAAUUGGAGCCAAAAGCUUUUGAAUGAAGCUAAAUAUAUAAUUAGAUUUGGGAAUGGAUUUAUGGAAUGAAUGGUUGACAUUUUUUAAUUCCGAAUUAAGAUUUAAUUGAAUUAAGCUCAAAUUUAAUUAUUUAAUUCGUAGCUCUGUUUGUAAAUCAAAUUCACAUGAUUUAUUAAUUUUACUUUCGAAUAAACAUUUGCAGAAUAUAAAUUUGUCAGUUAUUCGUUUCUGAAAAUCGCACAAUUUUGUACAUUCUCCCUGUACUGUAAACCGAACCCGAGUAAAGUUUUCGUUUAAAAUCUCUUGAAAUCACUCGAUUUAUAAGAACAUUUUUUAAUAGGAUUUCAUGGUUAUCAUGAUUCAUAUCUUAGAUAACGAUCCCUGAAUGGAUUCAUGAAUCUUUAAGGUUCUUCAAAACUUAUUUCGUAAUCAAAUCAAAGAUUCAAAUGCAUCUCCAAGGGUGAACAUUUCUAAC